AUGAUUGAAAGGGAAUUUAUAGAAGACACAAUUUAAAAGGAGAACUUGCAGACUUAGUUACACAUUGGAAAGAUGUUCUUCCACGGGCUUUUCCUUACCACCUUGCUUUUGUCAAUGAGCAGAAUACCUGCUAAAGCCCAGAACCAACCAAGUCUAAGUAGGUACCGCUGCUCAAGUCCAGAACCAACUGAGGUUACAGAGACUCUCAUGGACCAUUUGGAGAAAGAGGCUGCUGCAACAUGCAAUUGUAAUGCCAAUGUGACUGACUGUUUAUGUCUUCCUGUAUCUACUCAGAACAACUGUAGCACGUCAUGCUUUCAGGAUGGUCUGACAAAGAUAUACCACACACUGAAGUCAGAUUAUAAGAGAACUAUCAUGAGAGUUCAGAAUUACGUCACUCGGCUGAGGAGUCGCAAUUGCAAACCUUUUUCAUGUUACCAGUCAUGCAAUGAAACCUUCACUGCCAACACAAUGGAAUUUCUGAAGGCUCUCCAGGAAAACUUCCAGAAAGUACCUAUUUCUAACAACUAA